UGUCAUGCGCUCAUGUUUUGUUUUUCGUUUCGGCUGCAGAGUGCGGAUUAAACGGAAAAAUUUCGAAGUGCUCGUUUUUAUUUUUGGUGACCUCGAAAUACCAUCUUAAAUGCCAUGACACGAUCGAAAAGUGUAUCGACGGAUCGUUUCGGUCGAUCCAACAAUAUAGAAAAUCGAGGGCGCAGAAGCCCAAUCCGUGCACCAACUCCUGGGGCACGCCGCCGCGGGGGUAAUUUCGUUCCGCGAGAUCGGACCGGAAAUUAUCGUUCUAGAUACUCACCAUCAGAGAAACGCGCGACGCGUCGUUAUCGUUUGUCCGAUUUUUAUUGCCUGGGUGUUUUCGGUAUGAGCGGAAUUACGGUUGAAACGGACCUUCGGAAAAUGUUCGAAAGAUACGGACCGAUCGAGCGAAUUAUCGUCAUCUACGAUCAGAGAACUGGAGAAUCGCGUAACUUCGGUUUCGUUUAUUUCCGGGACCGGCGAGAUGCUUGGAGAGCUCGGGACAAUUGCAAUGGGGCGCUGUUACAUGGCCGUCGGAUUCGGGUUGACGAUUCCCUUACCAAGGCACCACAUCCUAGCACUCCUGGAGAGUACAAGGGGACUGAUAGAUUGCGGCGUGGCGAAGCUCGUUUCAGGGAUCGUCGUAACGAUCGGCGUGCAAGAAGCCGAUCAACAUCCAACAUGAACUCAAGAUAUAGACGCGCACGUUCCUAAGCUUUUCUUCUCGACGAUGCUAGCCAUGAAAAAUUGCUAGAAAUUGAAAGAAUUCAUUAAUCAACAACAUUCUGUUAUUUUGCAAAAACCAACAAAAAUGAUUCAGGUUAGUCACUACAGAAAUUUACUUCAAUUUUUCUUUUUAUUUAAUUCUUUCGUUGAUUUCCAUUUGUUUAUGUUAUAGAAGAAAAGGUUUAAAAUAAACAAACCCUGAUUAUUUCCAAACUUCUAAUAAAUCUAUAAAAGUUAAGGUAAUUUUCUGCCAGUUCAAAAACUGACAGAGGUUUUGAAAAUCUUACAUGACAAUUUC